AUUACGACAGCAAUUGAUCUGCGUGACCUGUUUGAGAAACUUUCACGUUUGCUGGGGAAACCUAAACCAAAUGUAUCCCCUCAAGAGACAGAUCAGCUGAAAACUGGCCGGAUUUCUCAUAUUGGAAAGCUGAAAGAUUUUCUUCUGCAGCACAGAAAGGAUUACAUUAAUGCUUACAGCCAUAUUAUGUCUGAGUAUGUGAGGAUGACAGAUACAGAGCGUGAUCAGAUAGAUCAAGAUGCUCAGGUAUUUAUGAGGACGUGUGCCGAUGCCAUUCAUCAGCUGAGAACGGAAGCACACAAGGGUGUCCAGUCUGCUCAGGUAAAGGAGCACAGAACAGCUGUCUUGGACUUCAUUGAAGACUACUUAAAAAGAGUGUGUAAGCUGUAUUCUGAACAAAGAGCCAUCCGAGUUAAGCGAGUGAUAGAUAAGAAGAGACUGUCUAGGCUUGAACCUGAGCCGAGCAGUGUGUCCAAAUCACCUCUUUCCCCUGAAAAAUCUUCACAGAAUCCUUUAGAUGAUUCGGAAGAAAAACUUUCUGCUGAGGAAAGCAAAGACAGGAAUCUGCCUGAUGCCCAAAGCAACCUUGGAUUAUGGGGGGAUGGAAAAGGUGAAGAUGAGCUGUCACCUGAAGAAAUACAAAUG